ACGUCAUUUCCGGUAAGCGUCUGUAUUUUUUAAACAGCCCAAUAAAGUGUGUCGCGCGAUGCUUUAGCUCGAACAGCCCAAUCAGGAGUCUUGGUUCUACGAGUUUAAAGGUCUGUGCGGCACUUCCCAGAGGUUACAAGCUCUGCUUCAACAGAAGGAAAUAUCAAGCAUUACAUCUAACUUCUAUUGUUAAACGACUUUUCUGUCGCUUUACCGAAAAUGUCUGAGAAUUGUGCUCGUCUGAACAAGUUUAAGAACAAAGGCAAGGACGCAAAUGAGCUUCGACGCAGGAGAGUUGAAGUGAACGUGGAGCUCCGUAAAGCCAAGAAAGAUGAUCAGAUGUUUAAAAGAAGGAAUGUGGCCGCAUUUCCUGACGAGGCCACGUCUCCUCUCCAAGAAAGGAGCCAGAACUGUCAGUCAACCAGGCAGUGGACAGUGGAGGAGAUCGUUGCUGGAGUUCUGAAUGGUAAUACGGAGUCCCAGCUCCAGGCUACGCAGGCUGCCCGGAAGCUGCUGUCUCGGGACAAGCACCCCCCCAUUGACCAGAUGAUCAGUGCUGGUCUGAUCCCCAAGUUCGUUGCAUUCCUGGGGCUGUCAGAGUGUCCACCAAUCCAAUUUGAAGCUUCCUGGGCUUUGACCAACAUUGCCUCUGGGACAUCUGAUCAAACAGCUGCUGUCGUGGAGGGUGGAGCCAUUCCUGCCUUUGUCAAUCUGAUCAUAUCCCCUCACCAGCAUAUCAGCGAACAGGCCGUCUGGGCACUGGGAAACAUUGCUGGUGAUGGAUCAUCUCUCAGAGACAUGGUCAUCAAACAUGGAGCUAUCGCACCUCUGCUCAGUCUAAUGGCCGUCCCAGAUUUGUCUGUGUUCAAUACUGGCUAUGUGAGAAACGUGACGUGGACUCUAUCGAACCUCUGCCGCAACAAGAACCCCUCUCCACCUCUGAAUGCCGUACAGCAGAUCUUGCCUGCUCUCAUUCGUCUUCUGCACCAUGAUGACCUGGAAGUCUUGGCCGAUGCUUGUUGGGCAAUUUCUUACCUGACGGACGGGUCGAAUGAUCGCAUUGAGGUGGUGGUCCAAACUGGCAUCAUUCCUCAUCUUGUUAAGCUGCUUGGCUAUGACGAGCUGUCAAUCAUUACCCCCGUACUGCGGGCCAUUGGCAACAUUGUGACUGGGACAGAUGAACAGACUCAGGCUGUUCUCAAUGCGGGGGCUCUGUCCAAAUUCUCGCGUCUACUGCGCCACAAGAAAGCUAACAUCCAGAAGGAGGCAGCGUGGACGUUGUCCAACAUCACUGCAGGGAGAGACGCACAAAUCCAGGAAGUCAUAGACACUGGCCUUGUUCCUUAUCUGAUUGAAACUCUUGUACAUGGAGACUACAAAACACAAAAAGAAGCUGUGUGGGCUGUUACUAACUUCACCAGCGGGGGCACUGUUCAGCAGUUGGUUUAUCGCGUUCAAGCUAAUGUGCUAGAGCCUCUACUCAACCUACUUUUGUCCAAAGACAGCAAAACCAUCCUUGUCAUCUUAGAUGCCAUCACCAACAUCUUCAUGGCUGGAGAUAAAAUUGGGGAGUCGGACAAGCUAAGUCUCAUGGUUGAAGAAUGCGGAGGACUGGACAAGAUUGAAGGCCUGCAGUCGCAUGAGAACGAGAUGGUGUACAAGGCAGCGCUCAAUCUGAUUGAAAAGUACUUCUCAGAGGAGGAGGUGGAGGUGCACUGUGUAGUUCCAGAAGCCACCACUGAUGGUUAUGCUUUUCAAAUCAAUGAAAACCAAAGCACUUUCAAUUUCUAAAUGUUUUUUCUUUACUCCAGACUGUACUCUGCUCUGUCUUUGUUCUGUUCUUUCUGUUUCCUUGUAUGUACUGUACAUUUUUUAUUGUGACUGAAAAACAUGACUGUAAAUAAAGGUGUCAGAUAAUG